UUUCCGGCUGCCGUACAACCCGGAAGUACCGCAGAGACGCCAGCAGGUUACACGCCCAUGUGAAGUUUAUCCAGACGCUGCUUAGAGCUGCAAGUGAUUUUAUGAAUCAGAAGAAGGACUAAAGGACUCUUCAGUGAAGUGGAUGCAGCGUGUUUGUCAUAGAGAUCCCAUGCUGAAGAAAAGAGAUGACUUUGAGGACAUUCUGGAGGAGAGGAGGAACUCCAGUGACCUGAGAUACGCGCUCCGAUGUUACACGCCUGUUCUUUACAAAGAAGUGACGCCCUGUGAUUCCAGCAUGCUGAAGGGGAUGGUGCUGCAGUCCGAUCAGCUGCACUUUGUCAUCAAUCAGGUGUCCAAAGAGACGGGCAGAGCCGCUGAUGACCUGAAGGACGAGGCGUCGGCCAUCUUGGACGAGAUGGCUCAGUGUCUGCAGCUCAGCACCGUUCGCUUUUUCGCCUUCGUCCUCAGCAAGGUGUUCAAAACCUUGUUCAGGAGCAUCCGCGUCAACGAAGAGGGCAUCCAGAGGCUCCAGCAGGCCAUUCACGAACACCCGGUCGUUCUGUUACCCAGCCACCGUAGUUACAUGGACUUCCUGCUGAUGUCAUACCUCCUGUACACCUACGACCUGGCUCUGCCCGUCAUCGCUGCAGGCAUGGACUUCAUGGGGAUGAAAUUUGUCGGGGAGAUGCUGCGGAUGUCGGGAGCUUUCUUCAUUCGGAGGUCGUUUGGCGGAGACAAAGUGUACUGGGCCGUCUUCUCAGAGUACGUCAGGACCAUGCUGAAGACUGGAUUUGCACCGGUUGAGUUUUUCUUAGAGGGAACCAGAAGCAGAACGUCCAAAUCUCUGACUCCAAAAUUAGGUCUGCUGAAUAUAGUCAUGGAUCCGUUCCUUAAAGGGGAGGUGUUUGAUAUGAACCUGGUCCCUGUAAGCAUCAGCUAUGAGAGGAUCCUGGAGGAGUCGCUUUAUGCCCGAGAGCUGCUCGGUGUUCCCAAACCGAAGGAGUCCACCUCAGGUCUGUUUAAAGCCAGGAAGGUCCUGAGUGAAGACUACGGCAGCAUCCACGUGUACUUUGGUCAGCCUGUGUCCAUCAGAAGUUUAGCACAGGGGAAAGUUAACCGCUGCCAGUUCAACCUGGAACCAAGACACAUCCCCAGGAGGUCCAGCGAGGAGAUCCAAAGCUUUGUGAAUGACUCGGCCUAUAGGCUGGUGCGGGCUCAGGAGGAGAACAUGGUCCUCAAGCCGUGGGUCCUCCUGGCCUCUUUGCUGCUGCAGAACCACCACCACCAGGACCACCAGAGAGUAGCCGGGGCGCAGAGAGGGAGGAUCACGCUGGAGGAUCUGACUGCACAAGCUCUGUGGCUCAGAGAUCUCUCCCGGGAGUACGGAGCAUUCCUGCACUGGCCAGAUCACACUCCUCCAUCAGAGGUCGUUUCCAGCAGUCUGUCCCUGCAUCAAGGUCUAGUGAGGAUCUGUGAGGGAAGAGUCCAGCUGGCUGUGGAACAAGCAGAAGCAGAAGCAGGAGGCAUCAAAGAGCCUCAAAUCUCCGUCACUCCAGAGGAGGCGCUCUUGAGCCAGGCAGUCGUCAUUCUGUCCUGUGUCUCCUACAGGAACCAGGCGCUGCACGUCUUCCUCAGACCGGCCCUGCUGGCCUCUGCCAUCCACACCGCCUCCUCCAACUGCAAACAGGAGGUCUUCAAUAGUUUCAGCUUCCUGAGGAACAUGUUCUCCAACGAGUUCAUCCUCUGUCCUGGAGAUACAGUGCAGGACUUUGAGGAGGCGUGUUACCUGCUGAUGAAGACGGGCGCUCUGCAGGUCACCCAGCAGGAGGUUGUGGUUACAACGAGCGGACAGAGAACUGUGGCCUUCCUCACCAACAUGUUAGAUCCUUUCUUACAGGGAUACCAGGUGGUGUGCAGGUUCCUGUGUGAGGAAGCCUCCGACAAUCUGACUGAAAAACAGUUUGUUCCUGCGGUCCGGAAGUUCAUCAUCACACUUCUCCUUGCAGGUCGACUAAGAUACACAGAGGUGUUGUCCUCUGACCUCCAGAAGAACGCUCUGGCCGCUUUGCUGAGACUUGGUGCUGUUCAGAAAGUCAAAGGAGUGGAGCAGGGGACUUUAAAGGUGAACAAGGUGAUGGUGAACUCAUUGGAAGACACUUUAGGAGGAAAACUCCCCACUCAGAAAGCAGUCGCCGCUCGCCUCUAAUUCACCGACCUCUUUAUAAGGGACUGAGAGGGUUUGAAUCUUUUCACCUGCAUCUACGUUUUGCCAACGAAAUGCUUUUCUAUGAGAGGUGAAACUUUUUGAGUUUCCAUCUGGAGACGGCUUUAUUUACUCGUUCUUCAACUUCUCUUUCUCCUCUCCUCUUUCUCCUUUUUCUUCCAAUGACUCUUCUACUAAAAAAAAACAAAAAAGCUUUUCUACAUGUUGAUGAAACCGGGGGAUGAGUGAGAGAGUGGAGCUUUUUGAAGCUGUGUCUCAAAGCUUUUCUUUGGCUCAUUGUGAAUAUCUGACCUUUUGCUACGAGCAGCUUGUUGUGAGAGCUUGUGAACCUGCCAACUCCUUUGAGGAGAGCGUCCACUCUUCAUUGUGUUUGAUAUGGAUCCUCUAACACUCGGCGUGCUUUGUCUUCUCAUCUGCUUUUUUUUAAUUCUUCAUCCAAGCUUUAUUCUGCCUCUCGACUAUCUGUUAGUCUCGCCUCUCUUUUGUCUGAGCACUUUAAUCUAUUUAUUCAUGCAAUGUGGUGUGGACCUAACUCUGUUUUCUCUGUUUUUCACUAUUUGUCUUUGAUUUUUAUGAAACAAAUGUUGCUGAAACUGGUGGACAAAAGGAUCUGUUGGGUUUUUUGUAUUUAUGCUUACAGUCAAAAAAGUUUUUCUUUUGCACUCCAUGAAAGAAAUAGUUUAUAUAUCUUAGCUGAAGUUGCCACAGACUCUAAACUACUUGAAGAAAAUCUUCCACCAGGUGUCAAAGUCGGCUUUAAACCACCCUGGUUCAAGCUUUAAAGAAAAAACAAACACUCCAGUUUACACAGUGGAGAUGAAGCUACAGGGUUUAAAACAAGUGUCAAAAAAAAGUUGCCAAACUCCAUUUAAAGGUCACAUAUUAUGCCAAAUACAAUUCAACAUGUUUUUUAAAUACCUGUCCCUAAUCUGUCUACAAACC